GUUAAUUUUAAACGAGGGUAAAUACUACCUGUACCCCGUCCACUCAGCGCGCACACGUCAAUCACCACAUGACGGCGCCACGUAGCAACAUUUUCAAUGGCAAUAUUUCAGCGACACGGUAGCAACAAAUAUAUAGUUGUAUAGGCCACAUUUAUUUUUAACAGCUUUUUCUCUUCUAAUUCGUCAAAGGUUUAACAAACGUGGAUCUGAAAAAGGCUUACCCAUCGAAUGUCCUCGGCUGAGCAGUUGGAAACAUAUUUUUAUUAGGAAGUCGCUUUUAAAAUGUAUAAUUAUGAACUACUGUAAAGUUUAGGUAGUAAUAGUUGUGCUUUGUUUACAGUUUAAUGUGUAGCUAGCCGGGAAAUUGAAUGAAUAACCUUUCCCCAAACGUUGACAUGGUGACCAGUGAACUGGUACUUUCGGGCUAAUGGCAGUCGGCUGGGACGGGAUGUAGUUCAAAACAAGAGGCUGCGAGUUUAUGAGCAUCUCAUUAUCCUCCUGUUCACCAUCCUUUCAUUCUCACCCAGAUUCAACAAAGGACCUCCAGCAACCCACCGGAAGCUUAACCGUUCCUAACGAAUCCGCGGUUCUCCCAUUCCUCAAUUUUCACAGCUUGUAGCAUCAACCGUGUUGCCAAUCCAAAGAUUUUCCUUAAUGAUACAAUAUCUGGCUCACGAAGCCGCUCCUUUUUGGGAAGUAAAAACGAACAACGGUAUGCGUUUUUCUAAUAAAGUCGCUUUCCACUUGGAGUGUCUGGCUGGAUCAAGACAGUAACUGGUUUAUCAACGAUAGGCUAAAAGUUUCACAAGACCGUUGUGGAGUUACUUUGAAGUACAGACAACGAGCAAUAAUUUGAUAAGAAAUGAACACAGUCGGCGCCGAUAAACAUACAACAAACCUCACUCGGCUUUGUUGCAGUUGUAACGACAUAACAGUGUUUGUUCAGAACUGGACUGUUGCUAUUUAUAGAGUGACGAUCGCGGUGAACUCCGCCCUGGUCUGCAAAGGACAGGCUGCUCUACCGAGCUAAGCGCUUAAGCAAACGCGACGCCUGCAGCAGCUCUUCGCUAUGCGCACACCAGGACCUCCGUCCGUUUGAAUUCGCACAGGUCUACUGAUCUGGCUCGAAGUGCCACCACCGUAGACCAAGUAGAGGAGAGAGGGGUACCUGGAUUUAUAGCCAAUGCUCGUCAUUUCAAUGAUUGUACAACUCACUCCUCACUUGGUAAGUUUGAAAUGCACCCCGUAUAUCUUCUGGGAAAGUACAGUCAUCUGUAAGUGCACCACUCAAAAGUAAGACCUAGGGGCACUGAAAACAUUGGAAGCUGCAUGUACACCGUGUGCAUGUGCCUAUGCGUGUGUGUGUGCACGUGCAUGUGUGUGCGUUGUAUGUGUUUCUGCAUAAAAUGAAGCUAUAACCUGUUGUGUUGUCCCUCUUGGCCCCUCAUGGACACACUGGUGGCGCCUGCUUCCCUGUGCUUGUGAGGUGAUGCUGCACUGACGCCCCUGCGGAUGGCGUGCCGUCCAGGCUCCCGUCACAUGACAGGGCACGCAGCGCCCGGACCGCAGCGCUCGGACCUCGCUCACAUGAUGGCCGCCCUGGAGGUUCUGAGCGGGUCCGGCCCGGUCCCGGAGAGCAAGGGGCGGCUGGUGGAGAGGAUUCUGCGGGAGCCGGAUCGAGAGGGGUGCGUCGGCGUGCUGGGGCGUUCGCUCAGGUCCUCGGACUCCCGGUUGUGCAGUACUGCAGCUUACCUCCUGGGGGCGCUGGUGGAGAGAGACGGCUGGGUGCAGGAGACCCUGGAAGGGACGCAGGGGGACAGCGCUGGGCUGGUGGGGGCCUUAGGGGGGCUCCUGACCCACGACGACCCGGACACUGUGACGAACGCUGCGGGGGCCAUUGCCUCAUUGGUGGGGAGCAGUGUGGGGCGCGGCCGGCUCCUGAGGGAGGAGGUUUUUGGGGAGGUGCUGGCCAGCCUGCCCACCCUGCUGCGUGAGGAGCGGGAGAGCACGGUCAACUACGCCGCCCUGGUGGUGGCCCGCCUGUCCCUGUGUGAGGAGGCCUGCCAGCGCCUGCUGCAGCACCCCUCUGCCCCCCACACACUGAGGAGCCUGGCACAGUGCCUGGCACACAGCCACACAGACACCGCCAUGAACGCCGCGUUUGCCGUGGGCCGACUCUGUGGAACUGAGGCGGGCAGGAGCUUGAUACUGACCCUGGAACAAGAGCACCAGCUGGUCAGCAGUCUUCAAGCCCUGCUCUGUGAGGGGAGGUGGCCAGGGGCGGGGCAGACUGCCUGCUUUGCCCUGAGUUGCCUAGUAACAGAAGAGGAUGGCCACACCCUGGUCCUGGGAAGCCCUGCCUUUCCCCACCUGCUGGACGGCUUACUGCGCCACCUACUGGAAGAGGAGCACGACAGCGCCUGGUUUGCGGCCAUGACAGUGAAGGUGUUAGUCUCAAGGCCCAGGGGAGUGCUGUGUGUGAGAGAGCACUCUCUCUUAGAGGAGCGACUGCAGUCUCUCUCUCAGUCCCGCUCCAUCAGUCAGGAGCUCCAGGAGGAAGUGAGCGCGUGUCUGAGGAAGCUGCAGCGCCUCUCCAAACCCCUUCCCCCGAAAACGAGCCGCCGUCCCUCUGGUUCCCACGUGGUAUCGUGGGAGAAAUGCGCUCCCGAGAGUGGGCUGGAGGUCACGUACAGCCUCCUGGACAGAGACAAGGUUUUGUACAGGGGUACCCAGUGUCACCUGACCCUUCCUAACUCGGCGCUCCAAUCCGGACGCACUCUCUCUCUCCACCUCGUCCAGUCCACCGACGGCGGUGAUGUCAGCCCCUGCAGCGAGCCCACCCUAUUGGCCGUGGAUAGCAAAGGGGCGGAGCUAGUGCCCGGUCCGCCGCGGGAGCUGCGUGUGAUUGGCUGCACUCCAACUCAGGCGCGGCUGAGCUGGUGCGCGCCGGAGGGAGGGGUCAAACCCAGGCUUUACCAGCUUUACCGCGGGGAAACACCACUGGAGACGACCGCAGAGCCAGGGGCCAUCGUGGGCGGGCUGUCUCCAGGGACGCUGUACCAGCUGGGGGUGUGCGCGGUGGGGCCGGGGGACGCGCCGGGGGAGCGCGCCACGGUGGACGCCCGGACGCCCGAGUGCCAGGACCACGCCCCCUCGGGGCUGGCGAUGACCGUGCUGGGCCGCCACGAGCUGCUGGUCAGCUGGGGGGCCCCCGCCCUGCCCCUGGGCCGCCUCUUUAACUACGAGCUGCGGCUGAACGGGCGCGUGGCCUACCUGGGCACCGAGCGGGCCUACACCGCCCGCCGGCUCACCGCCAGCACCGCCUACACCUGCACCGUCACCGCCAUCACCUCCAGGGGGCGCUGCCAGAGCCGCCCGGUCACCAAAAGGACCGCCCGCGACGAGUAUGUGCACACACAGAGGUGCCUGUACUCCCCAUCCCGCCAACUGGACACACACACUCCUGCCCCGUCCCGUCCAGUCAGGGAGGUCUCUGAGGUCAGGGAGAAGGUCAAAAGGGCGCCAUCACCUCAUGGCCAUCGACCAAAGGGCCAUAUGUCUGCUCAGAGUGAGAGAGAGACAGCCGGCAACAGAGACAGGCACAGGCGGCCUUCAAUUUUGGUUCAUUCCCCUGGUUCUGACAGCAGCCAAACGUCCAUCCAGUCUACUGAGGAGGCUGUGGGCGCUGUUAGUGGGUGUGACCUAAAGGCCUUGCGGAGGAAUGCCAGGGAGAGUGUUGGGAGGGUCGAAGCAAAGAGCGCUCCACAUCGCCCCCUGCUGGCCCGCCGUGCUGGGACUGCAGGGGACCUGCCUCUCCGACAAACUCCUCCUACCACGCCACACCGUGUGGGCCCCACACCACACCCUGCGGGUCCCAGCCCAAUGGGGGACAAAGCCAACAUGGGAGUGCUGCUGCAGCACAGUGCUCCAGGAGGUGGCGCCAGUGAGCAGGGGACUCUGCCCAGCAUUGCACACCGUGUCCGGUUGGUGAAGUGCAUCCAGCCUGUGCACCAUGUGUGGUCAGAACUGGACCGGCCCAAUCUGGACUGGAUAGAACAAAAACAGAGCCGGAUGCGGGGAGACAGAUCCACGGUCAUGAGGCAGCCAACAGUAAGGAGUGAAAUCAGGCCGGGUCAUUCCAUGAGAACAAACCGCAGGGUGCUGAGCUGAACUCAGCGCAAUGGGCUGUACCAACAGUCAGAAAACAUGGGCUGUACCAAC